AUGGAGACCAAUGAACAAUCUUCGAUCUUUAGAUAUAUUUUGAUCAUAGUAUCAUUUUCCAUUGCACUUGUGAUUUACUUGAAACGGAAAUCUUAACCAACUGGUGAAUCAAUCUAAGUAUGGUUAUGAUUCGGCUACUUAAAGGAAACAAUAUGGAGAAAAAUCGUGUUUGCUUAUUAGGAUAUGUUACACACUUUUGAUUAUGCUGAGAAAGAACUACUUAAGCACACAUACCACAACACAAUCUUUAAUAGUAAGGGAAUUAAUGUCUCAAAUGGUAAACGCAAAGACAACAAGAAGAAAAGCUCCGGUGUACAAUUCAAUUUGAACAAAAACGAAACUCUAUAUUAUUGA